UUAAAAUAUUAAUUUUCCAACUAUGUAAAGCAGCACAUUACUUCGGAAUAGUAUUCAGAACAGAAUAAUAUUCAGGUAGUAUUCAACAUACAAUAAAAAAAAAAACUUAUUUGUAAUUUUAUUCAAUUUAUUCAACGCAUCUAAUGCAUCCAAUUCCUAUCUAAAAAAUGGAGCAAGUCGAAAUCUUAAUUUGCAAACAUUUUUUAUGUUGCAUGACAAAAAACAGAGAGAAGAUACAAGAAAUAUAUAAAAUUUUGCCGCGCACAAAGCUUACACGAAUAUAAAGUCGAAAUUGACUUUAUCAACGAAGGAAAGUUUCUUGAUGAAUUACCGAUAGAUGGCUCGCGUGAAAGGAUGAAAGAUUGGCGCCACAAAUAUAAGUAAUGAAAAUCGGGGCGAUCGGGCGCCUUUCGGUUGUGUGCACUUCUCUUUAUUAUUGCGAAUAUCCUUUCGUCUUCUUUUCGACAAGACCGCGUUCGUAUCCUAGCAUCAUUAAUAUUGCAGUCAGUUAUUCGGAUGUUCGUUUGUUCGUGAAGGUCAAUUUGCAUUGGGCUGACGUGAUCAAACCAGAUCAAACGUGAUCUCGAUAACCUUCCUCCCACGUUCAGAAUCGUUUUUUUCUUCAGAACAUCCAUUGCCCGAGAUAUUAUCCGAAGGAUCGCAAGAAUGCCACGUUUCACGGAAGAUUCAGACAUUACUGAUCAUAUGCAGACUCGAAUGUGUACUAGAUAUGGUGCAGUGAACUCUCAUCCGUUACGCCGUAGCAGCAGAAUAAGCAUAAAGCAGAAUAAAUAUUCACCAGAUUCUGAAAGUCACAGUAGUAGCAGCUGUAGUCAAACAACCCAGAAUUCUACAACAAAGAUAGCAAUUAUGGAUUCCAUUGUCUCAGACUCAUUGAAGAUACAUACUAGAAAACAUUCCAUUUCUUCAAAGAUUAGGGAAGUAGACGUCGAUAUCUCGGAAACAUCUAAAAAACAAACUACAAAGCAGGGCUCAAAUGAUGGAGAUUUUGUCAGCACAUCUAUCAGUAACAUUCAAGUAGCUAGUAAGCGUUUUACGCGUGCUGGUUUCGAGACAAAGUCAAGCUUGCCAGCAGUCAAAACCGCACUUAAAAGAAAAGCUGACUCUAUCGAUCCAGAAGUUUUGCCAGAUUCAAAUAAGAGCCAAACUGAUUCACCAAUCAAAAAACGCCCGAACGUGAUUAUGGUAUCAAAUUCUUUGAUUAAAGAGCGAAUUAAAUUGGAAGAUCAUAAAUCUUAUGUGCAAUUGAAUACAGAAGUCAAUAAUAAAGUCACACAAUGGUUAGAAAAAAUAGAGACUUCAACUAUUUCAUUAAAAUCAGAUGAAAUACUUCAAUUGUCAGAGAAAGAAGACAAUAAUGACAACGAUUCUGAUGAAGACAAUGUUUCUGAUGCUGACAAUGUUUCUGAUGAUGGCAAUGUUUCUGAUGAUAACAGUUUUGAUAGCAGCAAUUCAUCAUAUUUGACAAAUAACGAGAUGAAAAAGAUCUUUUAUGAAAUGGAAAGUGAAACAGAUUCGGAUGAUGAUGAUUUUAUGUUUAAUCGUCUCUUUAUGUUAAAUCUCUUAAUGUUUAACCUCUGUAUUCUAACAUAUUUAAUUAUCAUUAAAAGGCGCUUACAUAUCCGUACGGUACUUUAACAAUCUAGCAGUCAUUUUCUUCUAAAUUUAUUUAAAGCUUUCAAAUGGAGAAGAUAGUAAAAAAAAGAUAUGUAAUGUUUACAAAAGAAAAUGAUGUACAAAAAAAAAGUGGUAAAUGGAAAUAAAUAAGUGUAUAUUGACGUAGAAUUAAUAAACACAUGGAAACUGAAAAUGAAGAAAACUUACAGGAAAAGAAUACAAUGGAUGAAGGAGACGAAAACAAUUUGUCAAAAAAAGCCAUUUUUUCGUACACCAGUACCUCUAAUAAAUUGGUCAAAAUUCAUAAAAAUAAGAAUAAAUCCAUCAAAUAUAUUUUGCCACAAAUAUUAUUGAGAGCAGUGAUACCAAAGUAGAAAAGGGGACAAUUAUAAGGAUUUUGAAGAUACAAAUAAGAAAAAAAAAAGUGUAAAUUAUAGUAUGACAGAGUGCAGUUUGAUAAUUAUUUUUUCUAUUUAAUGGAUUUUUUUCGAUAUUAGAGAUUAUUUUUACGAAUAUCGCGAAUAUGUUAUUUAAGUUUAACUUAUAUAGUUUAUAAAAAACCAUGGAGAAAAGCAAUGUGAGAAUUCAUUUUAUUUUCUCAGAAUAUGCAUUAAGAUUUGUAAUGCCAAAGGUUUUUAUCUUGCGAAAACAUGUUAUGAUGAAGCCUAAAGACGUUUCUAUGAUUAAUAUGAAUUAUAUCUGUAAACAAAAAUGCAUUUGAUUAGUAUAUUUUAAUACAGAUGUGUGAGUAAUAAGCUGUAUUCAGCAGAAAAAGUAGCUUUACAACUGUUGCAGGAUUUUUUAAUAAUUGACUAGUUUUUGUCUUUAGUUUUUGCAGAAUCUGUUUAAACAAAUUAUAUAAAUUAAGAAUGACCAAUUGAUAAAGAUUCUUACAAUAGUUGUAGAAUUGCUUUUUCUGCUGAAUGCAGCUAUUGAUUGUAGCGCUUACUUUGAAAUUAUUCAGAAAUAACAAAAUAAGAGAUUUCAUUAUUAAUGCUCUAGAGAGAUAAUUUUGUCAUUCAUUUCAUUUGCAAGUGUACUUCAAAUUAUUUCCGUCAAGAUCUUGGGAAAGCUUGUGUGAAAAAAAAGGAAAAUUAUUAAUAAAUGUCAAGCUUAUUUUUACAGAAAA